AUGAAGAAGGGAAAGCCAACUCAGAGCGCCGCUGGUACAGCAGUGUCGACAACGGAAGGGGAGGGAGAUGAAGGAGCGAGAGGUGACGGUAAUGACGGUAGAAAAAAUGAAAAUCCAACGACAACAUCAACAGCAGCAGUGACGUCAAACACAUUCCCCGUGAGCGAACUGGAGCGCAUCCACUAUGAUCAGGGAUGCAAGUCGGUUAUAGGGCCGAGGCUGUGUAGUACCGCUUAUGCCCCACGCUUUGGCCGAGUUUCCGUUGCGCACUCUUACAUGAGAACACCGUUGACGUGUCAGGCUUCGCUGCAGGAGAGUGGCUCUAUGCCUCUGCCUGCGCAUCUGCCACACGACAAUCUGCCCACUGAGAUGGCAGGCGGGCUGCUGGGCCAUUCUCUCGACUCACCAAUGGGCAGCACAUUUGGACGUUUUUCGCCAGCACUCGCCCAAACAAUACCAAUAUUGCCGGUGACGUCUCCUGCGGGAACGACGCCCGAAUCUGUCAGCAUCGAAUGCCAUGACCAGUUGGUUGACGGCCGUGCGCAUAGAACAGUGUCAAGGCCCAUCUCAUCACAUCAUAAGGGGACAUGGUCACCUUCAACGCGGCUAAUGUCACUGGGGAUCACCGCAGCAAAUAAUACUUCUGGUGGUUUUGCGCAUCGGUCGAGGGCGCAGAGCCUGCUGAAACCGCUGGCCUCUGUUCAGGACCCUGACGUGGCCUCUGCGGUGCUGGAACACAACCGCAACACCCUCAUUGCGGAGCUGGAAAGGCGGAAGAAAUCUUUACAACGACAAUUGGCAAAGAUGCGCAAGGAGGUGUCUGCCAACAACAUUUUUGCCCUUGUGCGGGCGAGCAAUGCCUCACAAAUCAUGCACCUACUGGAAAAUAAACUCUGCGACGUGAAUAAACGGGACUACAAUGGAUGUACACCGCUUCACGUGGCGGCACUUGAAGGAAAUCAGGCAAUUGUGCGAGUGCUAAUCUCGUUCGGGGCUGACAUUAUGGCUACAGACAACAUUGGGCGAACGCCACUUGACUGGGCCGCUGCAAACCGGCACAGCGGUGUAUGCCGCUACCUCUUAGGCGUCACACAGUACCUCUUGUUGAUGCAAAAACGGCGACAGCAAGAACAACCACAGUUGCAAUUUGAAGACUCAUUGGCAUCUACCAGCUGUACCUCUCGGGGGGACAGUGUUUCUCUUCGUGGGACAGGCAGUCUUGUUGUGCCGUUACUUGCGAGACGUGUGUCACCUUUUUGCAACACACUCAUGUCCUUUGCGAAUUCGUCCACAGCAAUAGAUAUUGACACCUCUGGUGAACAACAGAACGAUCUUGUCACUGGCGAUGUCCUGGCAGGCCUUCCCCCGGACAAGGUUUCGCUGUUAAGUGCACCAAAUGCCGUGGCCACCGACGCCGUUUCGAAUGACGAGCAUCACGAUGAUGAAACAGAUGCAGAAGGAGAGGAUAACUACACCUCCCUCAAGUUCUCAAGCUACAGCACCAUCUCCGACACGGUUUCACUUGUGGUGUGCAUGGUUGGGCUGCCGGGGCGCGGGAAGUCCUUCAUUGCCCACCGCCUCUCGCGGUAUCUCAACUGGAAAGGCUUGCCUUGUCGCGUGUUCAACGCGGGAAAUUAUAGGCGCCAACUGCUUGGUGUGGACACCACGGCGGGGUCGGCGUUCUAUGACCCGAACAACGCAACAGGGAAGCAGUUGCGCGACAAGAUGGCGGACCUUUCCUGCCACGAUCUUGUAGACUUUAUCGCCCAGCACCGUUUCGCCGUUGGGGUUUUUGAUGCAACCAACACCACAAAAGCAAGGCGAAGUCACCUUGUGGAACUUUUCUCUCAUCUGGCAAAACAGAGAAAUGUGGAUUGUCGUGUCAUCUUUAUUGAAUCUAUCUGCACUGACGAAACCAUCAUAACAGAGAACAUACUGCGUGCCAAGUGCGGUAAUGAUGACUUUAAAAAUGUCACCGCCACAAGUGAAGUGAUUGCCUCCUUCCGUUCACGUAUUGUGGAGUAUGAGAAGGUAUAUGAACCUCUCGAUUACGCAGAAGAUUUGAGCUUUAUACGCAUCGUUAACGUGAAGCACCACGUUGUUUUGUACAAGGUACCAUGUGGGUUGGCAAGCCGCAUCGCCUUCUUCCUGUUGAACCUCCACCCCGUGGCGUAUCCCAUCUACAUUGCACUUCCUGGCGAAACGGAGGGCGACCACAAUCAUGUAUAUGGUGGGGGCGAACGACUCACCUCACUUGGUCAUACGUUCGCUGUGGCGAUGAAGAAAUUUAUUCUGGAGCGCUACGUACCACACAUGGUAGUCCUUCACGGAACGAACCCCAGCGUGCUGAACACGCUGAAGCCUCUCACACAAGCGUUGGAAGAUGACACUGAAGAUGACAGCGACAAUACGACAGACAAGGAAGAAAGCGGUCUUUCCCGGGGUAUCGUUUGCCCUGAGGAGCUUCUGUGCCCGCAGCCUGGCCUUGAUAGCAUCAACUACGGUCGCUUCUGCGGGCGGACGGCGGAGUGGGUGCGGUCGAAGUACGCCAAACUUUCACGCCUUCUCUACGCUACGUCGCCAGGAGGCAGCUUGGAGUCAACGCUGAGCUUCAGUGGCACACGGGAAUCCCUUAAUGAAGAUUCAGGAAGCGGCGACCAGCAGCAACAGAAGCCGCUUUCGGGGCGCCAUCGGACUCCUGCGAGACAUUACUUCGACAAGAGCGCGCAGGCAAUUCGUCGCUUCCGACACGUCCCGAACGGUGCCGACCCACGCAUGUCGUACUGCGUGCAGUUCCCCAACGGUGAAAGUUGUCGACAGGUGAACGUGCGCCUUGAGCCGGCACUGAUGGCGGUGAUGCGUUCGCAGGGUCCCGUCUUUGUUUUGGCGUCCCAGGUCCCCGCUCAGGGGACUCUUGCCUUUUUCACAGACGUCAUGCCGGAGAUGACGCCGACGCUGCGGCUUCCGCGACACGCAGUGGUGGAGAUUGGCGUGAAGGGCGACAUCACAAUGCACCAGCUUGUGGAGUCGUCUGACGAGACGCUGCACCUGGAUGCACAGUAA